AUGGGGCAGUGUCUGAGGCAGCCCAUGCUCUGGGAGGACCUGGAGGAGUACCAGGCCCUGACGUUCCUGACCAGAAACGAAAUUCUGUGCAUCCACGACACCUUCCUGAAACUCUGUCCUUCCGCGAAGUACUACAAGGAUGCAACUCUGACCGUGGACCAGGUCAGCUCCCUGCCAGCCCUCAGGGUUAACCCUUUCAGAGACCGGAUCUGCAGCGUGUUCUCCCACGAUGGCCUAUUCUCCUUUGAGGACGUGCUGGGCAUGGCGUCGGUGUUCAGCGAGCAGGCCUGCCCCAGCCUGAAGAUCGAGUACGCCUUCCGCAUCUACGAUUUCAACGAGAACGGCUUCAUCGACGAGGAGGACCUGAGAAGCAUCGUCUUCCGGCUGCUCAACACCGAUGACGUGUCGGAGGACCUGCUGACCGGCCUCACGAGCCACGUCCUGAGGGAGUCAGAUCUGGAUGAUGACCACAUGCUGUCCUUCUCGGAGUUCGAGCACGCCAUGGCCAAGUCUCCGGACUUCAUGAGCUCCUUUCGGAUCCACUUCUGGGGAUGCUGACGGGGUCCAAGCAGGCCGCUGGGGGCAGAAACUUGUAGCUCAC